UACAGUAGAGAGAGAAAAGAGAGAGAGAAAGUUUCUCUUCUUCGUCCUUUCCCCCAAAAACAUUCAUUAUUCCAUACGCUGAAAAUUUAUUACUUACACUAAAACCGCCAUCAGCUACUGUUAAAGAUCGCGAGAUCGGACCACCAAACCCUUUCGCGCUUCUCUUUCGUUCAUCCAAAAUCAAGCUCCAAUCUUUGCAAUUCAACGACCAGGUCCUGUAAUCGAUUUCGAAUCUUCUUACAGGUUGGAUUAUGAACAUGAUAAACGACUCCAAGUUUCAAAUCUGCAUCUCAUCUCCUGAGUAGACAAGACUCCACACCUCUUCACUUUUCCGACUCCAUGGCCAAGCGCGUCUACCAAGUCUGGAAAGGAAGCAAUAAAUUCUUCUUUAGUGGGAGAUUGAUAUUUGGACCAGAUGCUCGCUCAUUACUUAUCACCUUGUCAUUAAUUCUUGUUCCGGUUAUCAUCUUUUGCACAUUUGUUGCGAACAAUCUCUUCCACGAGUUUUCUCAGCAUAACGCUGGAUAUGCAGUUCUGGUAGCUGCAGUUGUCUAUACAAUUUAUGUAUUGGUACUCCUUUUUCUUACUUCAGCCCGAGAUCCAGGAAUUGUGCCACGCAAUGCACACCCACCAGAAGAAGACCUUCAGUACAACCAUUCAGCGUCAGCUGAGAUUGGGGGAAGACAGACACCAAGUCUUCAUCUUCCACCAACAAAAGAAGUUAUGGUUAAUGGAUUUCCUGUUAGGGUUAAAUAUUGCGAAACAUGUAUGCUUUAUCGGCCUCCUCGUUGCUCUCAUUGCUCUAUUUGCAACAAUUGUGUGGAGCGUUUUGAUCACCAUUGUCCUUGGGUCGGCCAAUGCAUUGGAUUGAGGAACUAUCGAUUUUUUUUCAUGUUUGUCUCAUCAUCGACACUUCUCUGUAUCUUCGUGUUUGCGAUGUCAGCUUUUUACAUUAAGGUUCUCAUGAAUCAUUAUCAAAGCACUGUAUGGAGAGCAAUGAAGGAAUCUCCUGCAUCGGUUAUAUUAAUGGCGUAUUGUUUCAUUUCUCUAUGGUUUGUUGGAGGACUAACGGGCUUCCAUCUUUAUCUUAUGAGCACAAACCAGACAACUUACGAAAAUUUCCGAUACAGUGGAAGAAUGAACGUAUACAACCGAGGUUGUCUUAACAACAUUCUUGAAGUGUUCUGCACAAAGAUAAAUCCAUCGAGAAACAACUUAAGAGCUUUUGUAGGAGAGGAACAAUUACAGAGGCCAUCACCCAUUCCCAAUAUUCCUUCUAGUAGAAACCCAGCAGGAGAUGAUUCUGGAGAUGAUAGACGAGUUAAGGUAGAGGACGAUCUAGAAAUUGGUGGAGACCUCUUAAAGAUCUCCCAACGACAUAAUAACAUUAUCGAUGAUUUGGAAGAUUCUGAUAUUCGUAGCAGAGGAAGUGACAGGCCACACCAUCAUAAUUCGCUGGAGGUUGAAUCUGUAAUGAGUUCUGGUCGAUUACCUGGUCCGGUUCAAUCGGAAAGGAGGCAUUCGAGUUGGGGAAGAAACGAUAACUGGGAAAUCACAUCUGAGGGUGGUGCAGGUUCUAAUGCCAACAUUGUUAACGCGAUAGAGAGCAGAACUCAAAAUAAUAACAGUAACAAUAGCGGGCGACAGAAAUUGGGCAGUUGAAACGCGUUUGAUUGGUUGGUCACUUUUUCGGUUCUGUUUUCGGGUGCAAAAUUGUACAAUGUAUGACUUGUUGAUUACGAUCUUUGGUUCCACGCAUACUUUUUUUUGUUUGAUUUUUCGGAAAGAUAUUUGGAUUUUUAUUUUAUUUUUCAGGAAGUAGUGAUAUUCUUGAGUGUGUAACUAUUUCUUUGUUUAUUUUUCUAUCAUUUUUUUGCCUAAAGAUUGAAUGCUCAUUAUUUGUUGGCUUUUUAUGUAAUUUUUGUUUAGUAAUUCUUUGUCCUUUAAAGGA